UUUCGCGGCAAAAAGGAUUUGGCGCGUAAAAGUGGCCCGGACUUUGCAGGCAGCGGCGGCCGGGGCGGAGCGGGAUCGAGCCCUCGCCGCGGCCUGCCAGUCAUGGGCCCGCGCCGCCGCCGCCGCCUGCCUCCCGGGCCACGCGGGCCGUGAGCGCCAUGGCCGUAGCCCCCGCGGGCGGCCAGCACGCGCCAGCGCUGGAGGCCCUGCUCGGGGCGGGCGCGUUGCGGCUGCUCGACUCCUCGCAGAUCGUCAUCAUCUCCACCGCGCCCGAUGUCGGCGCCCCGCAGCUCCCCGCCGCGCCGCCCACUGGCCCUCGCGAUUCUGACGUGCUGCUCUUCGCCACGCCGCAGGCGCCCCGACCCGCGCCUAGUGCACCGCGCCCGGCUCUCGGCCGCCCGCCGGUGAAACGGAGGCUGGAUCUGGAGACUGACCAUCAGUACCUCGCUGGUAGCAGUGGGCCAUUCCGGGGCAGAGGCCGCCACCCAGGGAAAGGUGUGAAAUCUCCGGGGGAGAAGUCACGCUAUGAAACCUCACUAAAUCUGACCACCAAACGCUUCUUGGAGCUGCUGAGCCGCUCAGCUGACGGUGUCGUUGACCUGAACUGGGCAGCUGAGGUGCUGAAGGUGCAGAAACGGCGCAUCUAUGACAUCACCAAUGUCCUGGAGGGCAUCCAGCUCAUUGCCAAGAAGUCCAAGAAUCAUAUCCAGUGGCUAGGCAGCCACACCAUGGUGGGGAUUGGUAAGCGGCUUGAAGGCCUGACCCAGGACCUGCAGCAACUGCAGGAGAGUGAGCAGCAGCUGGAUCACCUGAUGCACAUCUGUACCACACAGCUGCAACUGCUUUCGGAGGACUCCGACACCCAGCGCCUGGCCUAUGUGACCUGCCAGGACCUUCGCAGCAUUGCAGACCCUGCAGAACAGAUGGUCAUAGUGAUCAAGGCCCCUCCUGAGACCCAACUACAAGCUGUGGAUUCUUCAGAGACAUUUCAGAUCUCCCUUAAGAGCAAACAAGGCCCCAUUGAUGUUUUCCUGUGCCCGGAGGAGAGUGCAGACGGGAUUAGCCCUGGGAAGACCUCAUGCCAGGAGACAUCCUCUGGGGAGGACCGGACUGCAGACUCUGGCCCAGCAGGGCCUCCACCAUCACCUCCCUCCACAUCCCCAGCCUUGGAUCCCAGUCAAUCCCUGUUGGGCCUGGAGCAAGAAGCAGUAUUGCCACGGAUGGGCCACCUGAGGGUCCCUAUGGAAGAGGACCAACUGUCACCACUGGUGGCUGCUGACUCACUCCUGGAGCAUGUUAAAGAAGACUUCUCUGGGCUCCUCCCUGGGGAGUUCAUCAGCCUCUCCCCACCCCACGAGGCCCUUGACUAUCACUUUGGUCUCGAGGAGGGUGAGGGCAUUAGAGAUCUCUUUGACUGUGACUUUGGGGACCUGACCCCUCUGGAUUUCUGACAGAAGCCUAGGGAUUCAGGGUGUCUGGAGAUGCCCACCUGUCUGCAGCUUUGGAGCCUCCUGCCCUGGGCCAUCCUUCCUGCCUCAUUGGAAUAGCACGAUCCAUACCCUCUGUCCCAAUAGCUUCUAGCUCUGGGGUUUGGUUGCUGCCACAUUGAGCAGACCAAAAUGGGAAGGAUGUUGUACAGUGUGUGUGCAUGCACCCCACACUGCGCACUGUGUGCCUGGGGUGUGUGUCUGAGUGUGUGUGUGUGUGUGUGUGUGUGAGUGUGUGUGUGUGUGUGUGUGAGUGUGUGUGUGUGUGUGUGUGUGUGUGUGUGUGUGUGUGUGUGUGUAUGUAUGUGUAUGUGCACGUGUGCCCGGGAAUGAAGGUGAACACAUCUGUAUGUGUGCUGCAGACACAUCCUGGUGUGUCCACAUGUGUGCAUGGAUCCAUGUGUGCGCAUUGGGGUGGGGGUGGGCUCUAACUGCACUUUUGGUGUCCUUGCUGCAGGGGCCCUGUGAGGCCCAGGGUGGCUGCCUGCUUUCAGAAUCCUGUGUGUCAGCCAGGCCGGGUGGUACAGCUUGCCUGGCUGGGUUUGCAGGGCAGCAAGAGCACUGCUUAAAAGUUUUCCGAUCGAAGCUUUAAUGGAGCGUUUAUUUAUUUAUCGAGGCCUCUGGCAAGCCUGGGGGGAUAAGCAAAGGGUGGGGGGCAUGGGUGAUACCUUAAGUCCCUGUUCUCUGAAGCAAGGGCAGGAUCCCUACCCAAGAGUUGCUGAGGCCCAAGCAGUUUAUUUAUUGGGAAAGGGAGAGGGAGACAGACUGACAGCCAUGGAUGGGCUGGAGAAACAGUCCCUUUGUACCAGUACUCCAGCCGCAUGUAUCCAGGGGAUCUGAGAUGGGGAGGGUACGUGAGGGCCUUGGCUGACUGCGGCCAGGAGGGGUGGGUAUGCGUCCUUCCUAUGGCUGGAGUGCUCCUCUGCUGUCCUCCCCACCCUCCAGUCUGCACUUUGAUUUGUUUCCUAACAGUUCUGUUCCCUCCUGCUUUGAUUUUAAUAAAUGUUUUGAUGGUGUUAGGGCUGGGUUUGAAACUCUCCGCCAGCCAGAGUGAGGCUAGUGUUGGAGGGAAUGUUCACUCCCUCUUCCUAUCUGACUUAAUUUCCUUUCAGUUUGUAACCCCUUGAGAAGAAAACUGACCCAAUGGUGGGUAGGGAGUUAUGCUUGGGACCUAAGUACAGAAGAGGGAGCGUCAGAGUCAGCUUGCUGUGCACCUUCUGAACAUUAGUAAAGAUGCAACACAGUGAACUGU